CAGAAGAAGAAAGAAAUAAAUAAAUAAAUAUGCCGAUAUGCCGAAAAAAAUUUUUGGCGGCAUAUGCCGUUAUGCCGUUAUGCCGAAAAAUUCCGAAUUCCGCACAGGUCUGGUGGC